AGUGUGAUAUCUUCGAUUUAUCGAAUACACUCGUAGGUCGGCUCGUUUACAGUGGGAACCGAAGUUUUCGUUGGAACAUCGAAACAAAAUUUCUCAAAAUGGAUCCUGAAGCAUUCCUAGACCUUGCAAAUCAAGUUACUAAACUAAAGAUGUAUCCAUAUUUUGAGGCAGCUCAUUGUGCAAUAGUUUGUAUGUAUAUCAAAGAAGACUUGGCUGCCGGUUCCCACUUGUUUUCGAGAAAACACCCCUUAGCUUGCUGGCUUUCUUGUAUGCUGUCCAUUUUUGCAGGUACAAUUCUCUGCAACUUUCUGCUAGGAGAACCUGUUCUUUCUGUAUUUAAGAGCUCCAACCAACUACUGCUAGCUACAGGGGUGUGGUAUUUAAUCUUUUACUCUCCCUUCGACUUGACUUAUAAGUUGUGCAAGUUCCUGCCUGUGAAGCUGGUACUGGCAGCAUUGAAGGAAGUCUACAGGUGUAAGAAAGUCCACGAUGGUGUUUUACAUGCAGCCAAGCUCUAUCCUAAUGGAUACCUAAUCAUGAUCAUUGCUGGAACUGUUAAAGGAAAUGGUGGAGCCUUCUUAAAACUACUGGAAAGGCUUAUCAGAGGCUUGUGGACUCCAUCUGCUAUCGAGUUUAUGCAGCCUAGCUUCCCUACCAAAGCCUGUAUAGCUGCAGCCACUCUUUUUAUUCUCGACAAAAAGACAGAUUUGAUCUCGGCUCCUCAUGCCCUCGUUUACUUUGGAAUUGCUGUCUUUUUCAUUUACUUCAAACUCUCGGCUGUUCUUCUGGGUAUCUAUGAUCCUUUUGUACCUUUUGAAAAUCUUUUCUGUGCUAUUUUCAUGGGCGGUGUGUGGGAUGCUUUGGGUCGAGCAGUUUCUGCUGGAAAAGGAGAUCAUACACCUGCAAAAGUAGAUGUUGCCAAAAAUGGGAAAACUGAAUCUGGGAAAAAGAAGGACUAAUAAAACUGGAAAAACGGGCCAAGAACAAUGGUUUAUGGGCGUGUUUCUCUGGAAGCAUCACUGUCCUUUAUGUGUUCAUUUCACAAAACUUAUUUUCCAUGAAUUUAAUACCACAAAAUUUCCCUGUCAAAGAAUAUUAAAAUGAGUGUGUGGAUCACCAGUACCAAGCAUGUUAAACAGAUUGGUUUGUUUGGAUAUAAUUUAUUUUUAAAAGUUUAUUCCUUCCACUAUACACAAGGUAGAAUUUUUGUCUCAAAUAUGUUCUAUGGAAAGUGGUUUUUUUUAAUAAGCCUAGAUUUUAUAUUUGUGCCAAAAGAUUGAAAUUUAUAAGUCAUGGAUGGUUACAGAGAAGCAUACUGUUGUCCUUUACCAUGAAAAUUAAAUCAGUUGUAACUUGUAGAAACAUGAUAGUGCUGCACAAAAUUCAUUUCUUCUUAGCCAUCGGAUGACAAAUGUUUUAAAGUAUAAAGAUUUUAAUAAAUAUUUCUUGUGAUCAUUUAAAGAAUAUAAUUCCUUAAAAGUAAUUAAGUACAAAUAGAUUAGUAAAUAAUUAAAAGCUAUGAUGCUCAUCUAUCCUAUUACUUAUUUUAAUUAACAGAUGAUAGUGCUGUAGCAUGUAGAAAGUUUUUAUUUGGAUAUUUAUUACUUCUUUCUGAACUUGUUUCCUACACAGGUAUGUACAUGUUUUUGUGUCGGAUAUCAUGUAUGUAAUCACUGUUGUGUUAGUGAUGUAAGACACUAAGUUUUAAGUAGAUACAUCAACUCUGUUUCAGUGGAACUUUAGACAGAGUAGAUAUAGUAGGUUUUGAGAACUUUAAUGGUCUGCAAUCACCCGAAGGCCUCACCUCGAUGUGGUAGCUGAAACGUCGUCCCCUUUUCAUUCAACGGGUAGUUACAGUCUAUUAAAGUUCUCAAAGGUACAUGAAUUAUUUAUUGAUUUUUAAUUCUUAAAACUACAAAAAAAAACUGAAUUUUUUUGUUUCCUGUAUUUAUUUGAAAAAAAAAUUGACCUCUGUUAAGCUAUUGUUUAUCACUUGUUUCAGAACAAAGGUAAUAUUGAGAACCUGUAAUGAAGAAGCUAAACAUCAUACUUAGUGAUACAUAUCUUUUGAUAAUGUAGGGAGUGUUUUUAGUCACAUUUUGAUUUUAUUGUGUUUUAAAGGCGUUACUUGGUAUAAAACAUUGAUGAAUGUAGAUUCCCAUGUUUUAAUGCUUAUUAAAAAAUUCCCAAAUA